AUGGUGGACUCUGCUGUGCUUCCUUGCAUGGGUUGCUUCUCCUGGCAGUGGCUCCUGCUCACAGCCUCCCUUUUAACCUGCUGGCUGCCUCCUACUGUUGCCCAGCUCACCAUUGAAUCAGUGCCACCCAUUUCUGCUGAAGGGGAUAAUGUUCUUCUGCUUGUGCACAACCUUCCUGAGAAUGGUCAAGCCUUUUCCUGGUACACAGGAGUUAUGGUGCUCAAGAGCCGUGAAAUUGCAAGAUGUGCAAUAGCUACCAAUUCAUGUGUGCUGGGUCCUGCACACAGUGGUAGAGAGACAGCAUUCAAUAAUGGAUCUCUGCUGAUCAAGAAUGUCACCAGGAAGGACUCAGGAUACUACAUCCUACAGACACUUAAUACAAAUUCAAGAUCUGAAAUAACACGUGCGGAAUUUUUUGUACACACACCAAUUUUAGGCUUCAAGAAGCGUACUGCCCCUUCCAAACUCACAAUUGAGUUGGUGCCACCCAUGGUUGCUGAAGGAGACAAUGUUCUUUUACUGGCUCAUAAUCUGCCAGAAAAGCUCCAAGGUUUUGCUUGGCACAAAGGGGUACUUCCACUCGACCACUUAAAGAUAGCAAGCCAUGCAAUCCUCAUUAAUUCAAGCACACUUGGGCAUGCAUAUCAUAGAAGAGCAACAAUAUAUUCCAAUGGAUCCCUGAUACUCAAGAAUGUCACCCAGAAAGACACAGGAAUUUAUACCCUACGGACCAUAUCUGCAGAUUUGAGAUCAGAAUGGGCUAUCAUGCACCUCCAAGUAAACAGUGAGUGA